AUGUCUUUAGUGGAGAAGAACAAUCUUUACUGCACGGCCAAGCAUGACGAAGGCCUAGCAGCUGAAGGCGACCCAACGGAUCGCAGAGAGCUGCAACUUCUCCGGGAAGCCGAAGAGGCUCAAAUGCUAGAAAAAAACAUGGCUAUUGGUACAGCCGUAAAGCUCUGGUGGCCCGCUAUCCUCUUUAGCGUGGCAGUGUCAACGGGCGUGAUUAUGGAAGGAUACGACAACCUUCUACUCGCUCAAUUCUACGCCCUUCCGGCGUUUUGUAAGCGGUACGGCGCUCCGAUAGGUGAAAAUGGCGCCUACGAAAUUCCUCCGGCUUGGCAAGCUGGGCUCUCAAACGGGGUGAUGGUUGGUGAGAUCAUUGGCCUUCACAUCAAUGCGGCGGCAAUUGAUCGGUUCGGGUACAAGAAGACGAUGUAUGGCGCAUUGAUCGCUAUAUGUUCGUUUAUUUUUAUCCCCUUUUUCGCCCCCAAUCUCAUCGUCUUGCUGGUUGGGGAAAUUUUGUGCGGAAUUCCGUGGGGUGUCUUUCAGACACUUACCUGCUCGUAUGCUUCGGAUGUCUGUCCUGUCAAACUGCGGCCCUUUUUGACUACAUAUACGAAUCUGUGUUGGGUCAUUGGUCAGCUGAUCGGCUCUGGCGUUCUGCGCGGUUUGGUAGAGAGGCCAGACCAGUGGAGUUACCGGAUUCCGUUUGCGAUCCAAUGGUUUUGGCCUGUUCCCAUCACCAUUGCCAUCAUUUUUGCCCCGGAAUCACCCUGGUGGUUGGUUCGUCACGACCGACUGGAGGAUGCUCGGAAGUCUAUAGUCACUCUGACCUCCACCAAAGAUGCGCCGGCUUCUUUCAGUAUUGACAAGACGCUCUCCAUGAUUGUCGUCACUAACAACAUGGAGAUGGCCAACUCGAUGACGGCUGGAUACGCGGACUGUUUCAGGGGAACCAAUCUCCGCCGGACAGAGAUUAGCUGUAUCACUUGGGUCAUUCAGAACCUGUGCGGAAGUGCUUUUAUGGGGUAUUCGACAUACUUCUACGUCCGCGCUGGUUUACCCACGGUGAUGGCUUUCAAUAUGACUCUGGUGCAGUAUGCGAUCGGCUUCGGCGGGACUUUCGCUUCUUGGAGUCUGAUGGGCAAGUUUGGGCGACGGACUUUGUUCCUGACUGGCCUGACCGGUCUGUUCUUUGUCCUCCUUUCGAUUGGAAUUUGCGGCAUGAUUGACAACAAAGCUAGUGGGUGGGCGAUAGGCAGCCUUCUCGUUUUGUACACGGCCAUUUACGACUCUUCGAUUGGCCCAUUGACUUACUCUUUGGUAUCCGAGAUUCCGUCUACAAGACUGAAGAAUAAGACGGUAGUUCUCGCGCGCAAUGUCUUCAACCUGGCUGGAAUGAUGAAUUAUAUCAUUGUACCUUACAUGCUGAACCCGGCCGCUUGGAAUUGGGGAGGAAAAUCUGGCUUCUUCUGGGCAGGAGUGUGUUGUCUCUGUCUUCUCUGGGCUUUUUUCAGAUUGCCGGAGCCGAAAGAUCGUUCGUAUGCCGAAUUGGAUGAGCUGUUUGAGAAGAAAAUCUCUGCAAGGAAAUUCAGCUCGACUAUUCUACAUCAUACGGGCUAG